UGCAAGCGUAGAUUUUACAGCUCCAUUUUACAAAGCCAACUUAAAAAUACAAUAAAUUUAACUAAAGUCUUAAGCAAUAUACCAAACUCAGACUUUACUUAAAAUGGACGACAUACGGAGCAGCAUGGACAAUAUGAUGGCGAUUUUUAACGACAGCAUAACACACUCGGCGCCCAAGAAACUGCUGUUUAACCGGCUUUCGACUUCAUUUUGCGAUGAUUUAGUGGUUGCAGCGCCCAAAAAGCGUCGUCUGGAGCGUGAGUCGCCGGAUCGCAGCCUGAACGCCAGUGCCGCCUCCCUUAAUAGUUCCUCCACCGAUCCCUUGGGUUCAUGGCAGUGCAGCAAACUGCGCACCGAGCUGAUCGAAACCAAGGCAAUAGCCAUCCAGCUGCGUAAUGAAAUUGAUCAGAAGAACCGGGAACACCGGCAGGCCUUGAUGCUGGCCGAGAACAAGAGCGCCGCCCUGAAGGAACAGUGUGAUUCCACCAGCAAAAGGUACUUGGAGCUGCAGAAGGAGGUGCAGACGCUGCGAAAACGAGAGUUGGCGCUCAAGGAUGAAACUAGACGGGCCACCGAAGAGUUGGCCCAACUGAAGUUGAAGUACGACGAGGUCGUUGUCAAACUGCAGAAGGAGAAGUACCUCCAGGAGGAGGAUGCCCGGGAUGUCCAGUUGUGCAUUAACAAUGAGCUCAGCGAGUAUCGCCGAAUGGCCCAGCGGGCUGAUCUCGAACUGCAGUCGACGCGUAGCGAACUGGAACGCUUGCGCCGGCGGCAUGAUGAGUUCAAAGCUCGGGUUUCCGGACACGAGGAGCUGCGCGGCAACUACGAAAAGCAGACACAAAGCUUAAAGGUGGCCAACGACCGCAUCCAGGAACUGGAGUUCGAAAUUCAAUCUUACAACGACUGGAAAGAAGUGACCAAGGCCUCGCAGGAACGUCUGGCCAGUGUUCCGGAUUUGCGCGCGGAGGUGGAGCGCCUGCGUAGCCACAACAAGCAUCUAAACACUUUAAUAGGUGAUAAACUCCUGCUGGAGGAGCAGGUGCACGAUUACAAAACACGGUUGGACCGGGAGGAGGGUGCGCGCGCAGAGGCUGCUUCCCUGCAGGUGAAACUAGCUCAUGUGGAGCAGGAGCUCAAGGAGUGGGUCAAGGUCGCACAAGAUCAUUGUCUGGCCAACACCCUGGUCAGCCCGAUGGCCCUGCGCUCACGCAUCGAGCAACUGCUGCAGGAUGACAUAAUUCACGUGGCAGAGAAGACCUCCUCUGUCUCGGACAGCAAGCAUUUGCAGACCUCAGUUCGUGAUCUGGAACAGAAGUGCGCCAUCUACUUGAAGAACAUCGAGGAUCUGAACAUUGGACUGAAACGACAUAAGAACUUUAAGGAGCGACUGCAGCGCAAGCUGAUCACCGUAUCCAAGGAGCGCGAUUUCUACAAGCAACUGGUGGAGAACUUCGACAAGGACAUGACCAUGAGCAACGCCAGUGUGGCGGACAUGACGCAGGACAUGCAGGUGCGGUACCGCGUGGAAGUGCUCGAACGCACCGUCACAGGCUACAAAGAUAUGUGUGCUACGUUGGAGCGAGAGAUUCAGGCCAUGCGACAGCAAGAACUGCUGGCGGAACCCGCCGGCGAUGGCUACGAUAGCGUCAAAAAGGAACUCGACACACUGCGCCUGGAAAACGAGCGGUUGCGAAGACGCAAAGAGGAACUCGAGCUGGAGAUGAUGCACCGCUGCCUGCGCGGCGACUUCAACAUGAAGGACUUUAAGGUGGUCCAUCUUAGCCAAAAUCCCGCUGCCGAAGCCUAUGAGUCCAGCCAGAAUAUGAUGGAGAAGCUGCAGGCGGAGAUCGAACGACUGAAGCGACGCAACAAGAAGUUGGAGGACGAUCAGGAGCAGCGACUCAAUGAGACCACCAGCACGGGCGGCAUGACCCUGAACUUUAAGGAGUUCAACCAACUGCGUGCCGAUUUGGAGUCAGCCAAUGGCAAGAUGCGCAAGAUGAAGGAUUGCUUCAAGGCGGCCCGAGACGAGUACCGCGAUGUGUGCUAUAUGCUUUUGGGUUAUAGAAUCGAUCGCAUUGGCGCCAACAGCAACUAUCGCAUUUCCAGCAUGUUUGCAGAGGGUCCGGAUGACUAUCUAGAUAUAAGCCUCAACGAAUCGAGUUGUUUGGCUCUACUGGAGUCGCCAUACUCCCAAACUUUCAAUCCGCCCAUUGAUCAACAGCUUGCCGCCAGUAACUUUCCCGCAUUUUUUUCCGCCCUUACUCUGGAGCUUUUCCAAAGGGCCACCGUCACCAUAAAUUAGAUAUUUUAUUAAUUAUUUUAGUAAUAGCCUAAGUUAGCCGAAACCGGUGACAGUCAAAUUGUAAUUAGCUGCCACACAGAAACUACUCAUGUGCGAAAAUAUUUUUUUAAUUCAUUUCAACCACUAAAUAAGAGCCGAA